AAACGAUAAAGUACGGACAAAUAUCGAAUAAAUCAAGGUGAUUAAUUACCGCGCUUGCGUAUUCGAUCGUGUUUCGUGGAUGAACCCCGUAUUGAAUUCGGGGAUUUUUCUUGAAACUUCCUUACCGCUCUUUCCCCCUAAACGCCCAUUAAUUUGUUGCAUGGGGAAAUACCAAAUUCACGAAGAUAUUUCCGUUGACAGGUUUGUAAGUUCUUCGCAUUUCAGUUUUCAGUUCGUUGCUAGCACAGGUUGCUAGUUUUUGGAAGGUUGUGAUCAAAUAUUCUAUAAUUAAUUAUAUUCAGUGUUGUCAAAAUGUUAUCUAUAGCACAACCUUUGGUUGAUCCUUUAUGUGAUUCUACCGUUAUGACACCCAUUACCGAUUUUAUACCCAAUAUGCAAACAUAUCCAACUCCUCCUUCGAGCAGUGGGGACUCUCCUCCAGUGUACUUCGUAGCUUCACCAGGAUCGAAUAGCUUCUCGCCACCCUCGCAUCUGCAAACGCAAAUAUCCAUACCAGAUAUGGAUGUGAUGAACUUGGGAGAUAUGAAGUUAGAAAAAACGCCAAGAUUGAAGUUUAUUGAACAGCCUAUUAAUAAAUUCAGAUUCCGCUACAAGUCGGAAAUGGCGGGCACACACGGAAGUCUUUGUGGCAUAAAUUCUGAUAAGUCGAGGAAACAGACUUAUCCAACUGUACGAUUGGAGCAUUGUACAGAAAAGGCUACAGUUAGAUGUUCGAUAUAUCAGUACAAUGUUGGACAAGAAGAUAUGAAGCCGCAUCCGCAUCGUUUGAUUAUGAAACGCGGCAGAGAGGAAUUCGACGAUCCACAUGACAUCACAGUUGGUCCUGAGGAAGGGUUUGUUGCUACAUUUCAUAGCAUGGGCAUAAUCCACACUGCAAGAAAGAAUAUUGUGAAUGAAUUGGUUAGGAAGAAAACGAAAUUGCAAGAAGAACUUAUUGGCAGAAUGUACCAACAAAGGAGAGGACUGAACAUGCAAGAAAUCACUGAGAUUAAGAGAUUGGCUGAACAAGAGAGCAAAUCUAUUAAUUUGAAUAUAGUGUGCCUUAGAUUUGAUGCGUUUAUUGUCAGGGAUGGCAUUUACAGACCCAUAUGUGAACCAAUAUUUAGUCAUGGAAUCAAUAACCUGAAAUGUGCGUUGACUGGCGAUUUGAAGAUCGUGAGGAUGGAUCACUGCACCAGUCAGGUCAGAGGAGGCAAAGAAAUAUUCUUGUUAGUAGAACGCGUUACAAAAAAAAAUAUAAAAAUUCGAUUCUACCAACUUGACGACGACGAACAGGAGAUAUGGGAAGGAUGGGGCAAGUUUAGUGAACUCGAUGUUCAUCAUCAAUAUGCUAUCGUUUUCAAGACUCCUCCCUACAAAGGACCGUCCGACGUCAACCAACCAAUAAACGUGUUUAUGGAACUAGUACGACCGUCGGAUAAUGCCAGAAGCGAAUCGAAAGAAUUUCGAUACGUGCCCAACAAUGAAUUUAAACCUGGUACUAAGAGACCUAGGUCUAGUAUUUACAGCUCUAAUAGCUAUAACAGUUCUAGUUUGGGUAGCACAGAAAUACCACUUACUGUGCCCAACAUGGCGGAUCCCAUAGGUACUUAUCCUGAUUUGCCUAAUAGUUGGAACAGUGGAAUUUUCCACAAUUCCGAACAAUUUCUCAACGCGAUAAAAGAUGUAAAUUCCGAUGAAUUUACCGAGAUGUAUAAUUUGUUUGAAGCUGAAUAUCCCGAAGGAGACUUCCUGAGCAAUGUCAGAGAUGGUUUAAGCGUCACCCGCAAAAGAAACUAUAGCCUAACCAAUUCAGUACCUGACAAGCUGAUCAAAAUGGAGGUUUUACCCGAAGAUAUAGUGAUGGCAGACGGAACUUACAGCGAAUUGAAGAGUUUUGUUAAGUCUGAAGACGCCCAAGAGAGGGCUCCGGAUGUAUUGCAUCACUAUUUGGGGACUGACAAGAAAACUAAUGCUCUUCACGUGUUCGUGGGUUUGAACAAAAAGGAACAGUUGGUCUUCCUACUGAAAAUGAUCUACUUGUCCAAACAGUGGCAUCUGACGAACGUUCGAAACUCCGACUUAUAUUCUCCAUUGCACAUUGCCGUUUUGUGCAAAAACGAGGAGUUUGUGUCGCAUCUGUUGAAGUGCCAUGCUGACAUUCGCAAUCUGGAUGGUCAUGGCAACACCGCGUUGCAUACUGCCGUGGACAAUAUGUCGGGAAUGACCAUACUGGACAUGCUUUUGAGCAAUCCCUAUGCUGAGACUUUGGUGGAUACAGAAAACGAUGAUGGUGAAACGCCUCUUUCUCUAGCAAUUGAGAAACGCAACAUGAAUGCUGUCAAAUUAUUAUGUAAAUACGGCGCCAGCGUCAACAGACAGCACAGAAAGAGCGGUUUUACUCCGUUGAGGAUGGCAGUGGAGAAUCAGUGGUCGGCCAUGAUCAAAUUUUUGCUGAGUCAGUCGAAUUUAGUGUGGAGCCUUCAGAACGACUUCAAAAACGUGUCGCCGUUUGAAGCAGCCAGCAACAAAGACCUGGAAGAGUCCGCCAGGGAGAUGAUUAUGAACUAUGCGAUUAAGAAUGACAUUCAGAUCAAACAGGAAAAAGAAGAUGAUGACGAAUCAGAUGAAGAAAUGGAAGAAGAGAUCGACAUAAAACCCGAGAUUAUGACAAUAAUAGACGAUCCAGAAUUACUCUACGACGGUAUAACGAAAAUCACACCCAAAUGUCUGGACGAACUGUCCAGCAUUCUGGACGCUAGUGGCAAAUGCUACUCUUUGGCUGAACUUUUGGACCUCAAUCAUUUGAUCAGUUCUGGAGCCAUUUCCAGUGUGCCAAGUCUGAGCAAGAAUUUACUCCUUUACGCCAUCCAGAGGAGCAACGUCAAGAUAUUAGAAAUAAGGAAUUUCUUGGAUAAUUUGGAUGAAGUACAGGGUGUAGUAUUAUUGGAUGAUAUGGCCAGAGGGUAUAAACAUAGUAGUUAGAGAAUGCUGCCUCUAAAUUUAUAUUUUAAGUACCAAAUUGUCAUAUAGAAAAAAAACAUCCUAUGUUUUUUUUUAUUGAUGUCGUAUACGUCUUUUAUACAGGGUUAUUUCUUAAUAACAUGCCACUAUUUAGGAGACUGAUUCUGGGACCUAUUUUAAGAAAAAAAUUUCAUAUGAAUGACAAUAUGAAUGUUGAGAUACAGGGUGGUAAAAUUUUGCAAAUUUUUGUUUUUUUUUCGUAUUAGCUGUGAUGGUGUUACAGAUAUCUCUAUGAAAUUUGAUACAUAUCUUCUAUGCAUCGUAAGUGCACUUUUUGAUGUACAUCUAAUUUUAUUCCAAUCAGUGGCAUCCAUACGGAUUUAAAUUGAAUAUUUUUAAAGAAAAAAAUUGUACGCCACUGUCUUUACUUACAAUAAAAAUUAUUUUCAAAAUUUUCAUUUAUUUCUAAACAAUUUUGAUCUCCUGAUUUUCUUUGUGUGAAAAUCGUUCCUGCAUCGUCUGGAAGGAAGGACAUUAAGAGAUCAAAAUUUUUUAUCUUUGUAGACGUGUAUCCCAUGAAAUAUUAGCAUGCCGUUAAGGAACACCCUGUAAAUAAGUUUAAAAAAAGCGACUUUAAUUCUUGAUCUACUUAAUAUAAUUUGUGAAAAACUGCGUUAUGGUAGGCAUUUAAUAACAUUUAAUUAAAAAAACAGAUGUCAUUGUUAAGAACUUGAGUGUUAGUUAUAAUAAACAACAGAAAUGCUAUUUCUAUGCCUGUUAUGACGUUUGACGUUUAUGUUUAAUUGUUGAUAUGUUAUUUAAAAAACAAUAGUUCAAGCACAUUAGUCAUAUUGGUUAGUCAUUUUUACAUGUUUUCUACAUAUAAAGUCUGUGUUAAUUGUAGUCAUAUUUUUCAGUUUUAAAGUGUGUCACAUUGUUUUUAAAAAAAAAAACGAAUGUAUUCAUCUCCA